AUGAAGUUAUCGUUUAUAUUCGAACUGUUGCUGAUAUUUAUAUUGGUAGCAUUUGCUGCAUCUGCAGCAGUAGAUAAUAAAUCCAUAAAAUCAAAAAAGAAAGUGGUAAGCUAUCGAACAAAAGUUACUCGACCUAGACAAAACCAAAAUGUAACUCAAACUGUAGCUCAGCCUCAACCGCCGGCACAACAAAGUCCACCAAACAGAUUUUGUACUUGUGCCAAACAAAUGUGUAACUGUUGCAGAGAUUUUAAUCUCAAAUUGCUUAAUCUUAAAGGUCCAGGAUGUGCUGUACUUCAGUACUUGCAAGGAGAUCAACUUGCAAUUUCCAUGAGCUUUAAUGAUCGAGUUUUAACAAAUACCACCAUCAAGGGUAAGUUUUAG